AUGGGAUUCAAAGCUCUCCUUUUUGGGCUACUGUGUGUUCUCUUUGCCUCUCAUAUUUAUGUACCUGUACCAGGCAACAUUGAAGAAUAUUGGAAAGUAAUGGCCUUGGAUGCAAUUGCUAAAACUUGUACAUGUGUGGCUCUGUGUUUUGAAAAUAUAGGUAUUAUGAGAUAUGAAGAGUUUAUGUCCAUGAUAUUCAGGCUGGAUUAUACCCAACCACUUUCAGAUGAAUACAUCUCUGUGACUGACACAGCAUUUAAUGAUAUCCCAGUACACUUGUACUUGCCAAAGAGAAAGUCAGAAACCCCAAGAAGAGCUGUAAUCUACAUUCAUGGUGUUGCAUUUUGUUUUGGAAGUUUCAAGCAGAAGUCUUUUGACUUCCUGAACAGAUGGAUGGCAAACAAACUUGAUGCUCUUGUUGUGGGAGUAGACUAUAGACUAGCUCCUCAGUACCACUUUCCUGCUCAGUUUGAAGAUAGUAUCACUGCAAUCAAGUUUUUUCUUCAGGAUAAAAUUCUUGAAAAAUAUGGAGUGGAUCCUGCCUGAAUCUGUAUUUCAGGAGAUAAUUCUGGAGGAACCAUAGCAGCAGCAGUGACUCAACAGGUGCAGAGUGAUCUUGAAAUAAAACAUAAAAUCAAGAUACAAGCUCUACUUUAUUCUCACUUACAGUUAAUUGAUUCUUAUUUGCCAUCUUACCAAGAAAAUGAGCAUGGUAUAAUUCUGACAAGGGAGAUAGCCCUAAAACUUGUGAGUUUAUAUUUAACAAAGGAUGAAGAAUUUCCCCAGGCAAUAAGAAACCAACACAUGCCUCUGGAAUCAAGACAUCUGUUCAAGUAUGUUAACUGGAGUACUCUCUUACCCAAGAAGUAUAGAAAAGACCAUGUUUAUACUGAACCAAUUCUUGGAAGAUCUAGUUAUUCAUUGCCAGCACUUAUGGAUAUCAGAGCAUCACCAUUGUUGGCUGAUGACACCCAAUUACAGAAUUUGCCAUUAACCUAUAUUCUUACCUGUGAAUAUGAUAUCCUGAGAGAUGACAGGCUUAUAUAUGUUUAAAGACGUCAAAAUGUUGGAGUUCAAGUUGCUCAUGACCAUGUUGAGGAUGGAUUCCACGCAGCCUUAUCAUUUAUGACAUCACCAUUGUAUUUAAAUCUAGGUCUCAGAAUAAGAGAUAUGUAUGUUAAUUGGCUGGAUAAGAAUUUAUAAAUAUACAUAAAAUAUG